GGCCCCCCACCGCCUCCGCAACGCCAGCGUUAAGUGUGCAAGCUGGCCAGAUAAACUUUUGUUCCGAGGGCUUGGAUUAAAAACCGCCAAAAUUGUGGAGGCAAUUAAAAUGAAGACUGAGCUGCGUUCCUGCGCAGCGUGCGGCGAACCAAUCUCAGAUCGAUUUUUUCUCGAGGUUGGCGGCUGCUCGUGGCACGCCCACUGCCUGCGAUGUUGCAUGUGCAUGUGCCCGCUGGAUCGUCAACAGUCCUGCUUCAUCAGAGAGCGGCAAGUCUAUUGCAAGGCCGACUACAGCAAAAAUUUUGGCGCCAAGUGCUCGAAAUGCUGUCGCGGCAUCUCCGCCUCCGAUUGGGUGCGACGUGCCCGCGAUUUGGUAUUUCAUUUGGCUUGCUUCGCCUGCGAUCAGUGCGGGCGCCAGCUAUCCACCGGCGAACAGUUUGCGCUCAUGGAUGACCGUGUGCUCUGCAAGGCUCAUUAUCUCGAAACGGUCGAGGGUGGCACCACAUCAAGUGACGAUGGCUGUGAUGGUGAUGGUUAUCACAAGAGUAAAACGAAACGCGUGCGCACCACCUUCACCGAGGAGCAACUACAAGUGCUGCAGGCCAACUUCCAGAUUGACAGUAAUCCGGAUGGUCAGGAUUUGGAGCGCAUUGCAUCGGUGACGGGUCUGAGCAAGCGCGUAACGCAAGUUUGGUUUCAGAAUUCGCGUGCGCGCCAGAAAAAACACAUACAUGCUGGUAAGAAUAAAAUACGCGAACCGGAAGGAAGCUCAUUUGCCCGUCAUAUUAACCUGCAGUUAACGUAUUCAUUUCAGAAUAACGCACAAAAUCCCAUGCACAUGAAUGGCAAUAAAGCGGGUCUUUACCCAGCGCACGAAUCCUCUAUGGAUGAGUUGUCACAGGACUCGAGUGUGCAUUGUAUGCCCAGUGAGGUGUGACUAGAGCAGCCGCCUGCAC